GCUGAUUUGGUUUAGUUGUUAGCAACUGUGCUAAUCUCAGUGACUGACUGGAGCUGCUCAGUGGAAAAAUACAGCAGGGAAGUGGUGUCUACCUUGAACCUUUGUCAGAGCCAAACACUUUUUCAAGUGCGGCCGCAUGGUGUGGAGAGCUGCGCGUCUCAGAGAGGGCAACCCGAUUCGCACUCUGGCUCCGCUCAUGACUUUUUGUUUGAACAGAGAUCCUGUGGUGCAUCCAGCCGAGAGGAAUACUGAUCACUUUGUUGUUGCUGUAAGCAACUCUCGAGGGAAGGGGCUCAGUGAUGGAGGGGGAAUUCCUGAAAGGAAACAGCCGCGAAGCACCGGUCCAAGGCGGCAGUCUGACCAAGAAAACUCAGCUCUUGGAUCGCGGCAAGUGGGCCAACAAGUUGGAGUUCCUACUGGCCGUUGCAGGGACCCUGGUGGGCCUGGGAAACCUCUGGCGGUUCCCCUACUUGUGCUACAAAAAUGGGGGAGGGGCCUUUUUGGUUCCAUACGUUCUCUUUCUCUUGGCUUGUGGCAUCCCCAUGUUCCUCCUGGAGACAGCCAUGGGCCAGUAUACAUCUCAGGGAUGCAUUACCUGCUGGAGGCACUUCUGCCCUUUGUUUGAAGGGAUUGGCUACGCAACCCAGGUGGUGAUUGCCUACGCCGCCGUGUCGUACAUUGUCAUCCAGGCCUGGGCCUUCUUCUAUCUCUUCUCGUCGUUCAGUGCAGAGGUUCCGUGGGCCAGCUGCAGGAACCCCUGGAACACAGAAAACUGCGUCGAAUUCGGCAAAAAAAAUACGUCAUCCAAUUGGACAGCAGCUGCAAACGCGACCACUCCUGCAACAGAAUUCUGGGAGAGACGAGUCCUGGGUAUUUCCAAGGGGAUUGAAGAGAUUGGGAGCCUGAGGUGGGAGCUCGCCUUGUGUCUUCUAUUGGCGUGGAUCUUGUGCUAUUUCUGUGUUUGGAAAGGAGUGAGAUCCACUGGAAAGGUAGUUUAUUUUACAGCCACAUUCCCCUAUGUAAUGUUGGUUGUUCUGUUGGCUCGUGGACUCACUUUGCCUGGUGCCAUGGACGGCAUAAUUUUCUACCUCUAUCCUGACCCGAAAAGGUUGGCGGACCCUCAAGUUUGGAUGGAUGCAGGAGCACAAGUCCUUUUCUCUUUUGGGAUUUGUCAGGGAAGUUUGACAUCUCUGGGAAGUUAUAAUGAGUUUAAUAAUAAUUGCUACAAGGACACAUUUUUUUUGUGUUUGGUAAACGGUGGGUCAAGCUUUGUGGCAGGAUUUGCUAUCUUCUCUGUUUUGGGGUUUAUGUCCUACGAACAAGGGCUGCCGAUAUCUGAAGUGGCUGCUUCUGGACCUGGCCUGGCAUUCAUUGCAUACCCACGGGCCGUUGCCAUGAUGCCUUUUCCUCAAUUAUGGGCCAUCUGCUUCUUUGUCAUGGUCAUCCUUCUGGGUGCUGACACGCAGUUUGUGAGCUUGGAGUGCCUGAUGACUUCCGUAACAGACAUGUUCCCGACUGUUUUCCGGAGGGCUCAUCGGCGAGAAUUGCUGCUGCUUUGUCUCUGUUCUGUUUGCUUCUUCCUCGGCCUCCUUCUCGUUACUGAGGGGGGCUUGUAUUUCCUCCAGCUUUUCGAUCAUUACGUUUGCAGUGGCAACAACCUUCUCCUCCUUUCAGUGUGUCAGUCCAUUGCCAUUGGAUGGAUAUAUGGUGCAGAUCGUCUGUAUGACAACAUCGAAGACAUGAUAGGAUACCGUCCAUGGCCGCUAAUGAAGAUUUGCUGGCUUUACAUUACGCCUGCUGUUUGUUUGGGUACCUUCAUCUUCUCCCUGGUGAAAUACAAGCCGCUCAAAUUCAACAAAACUUAUGUGUACCCAACCUGGGCGUACGCUUUGGGCUGGUUCCUCGGGCUCUUCUGCGUCAUGCUGGUACCUCUUUGGAUCCUCUUUAAAGUGACUCAGAUGAAAGGCACAACAUGGCAGAAUCUCCGGCAGCUUUGCCGCCCUGAAAACAAACCCUGCGAGGCUGCGAAGCAACCCGAGCAAUACCCACUUAACCCCAGCAAAGCACUGUCUCCUUCUGCCAACGACUGCAAGGCCAGCGGCGGAGUUGAGAUGGAAGUGCAAGUAUGAGGCCGUGACGUUUGUGAAGGUGUGCGUUCGAGGUCCUAGUGCCACUAGAUGGCUCCUCAUAGGUCUCCCCUUGAUCAUUUAGAGGUUUUUCUAGAUUCUACGGCUCACUUAAAUCAAUGUUGUCAUGAGUCAGUAUGCCAACGACAGCGCACUUGGGAGUGCUGCUGUCAUGUUCUCAUGAGAAUUUACCAGCAAGUACCAAAGCUGAAGCACUAUAUUUGGUUUCGAACAGGACAAUCUUGCUGCAACAUGAGCGCAAGCUCCGUGUGCACAUGCAAAGCUCCCUCAGUGACACAUUCCGAAAAAAACCCCAACCUGCUGCCACAAACUUAUUUUAUGGACAAUGCUGCAGUGAAAACAGUGGAUUUUGCAGCAAAACACUUUUUUGCCUAUUUUAUGGCAGUUUAUGGCAUAUAAUUUUUUCAGGUAACACCUUAAAUGUGUUUCUAUUACUUAAAUGUCCAAAUUCUUGUGAGAACAAGCUUGCUACUGUUUUUCCUUGAAUGACUGUUUUGUUUAUCCAGUAGGUGGUUUGGAGUCAUAGGAUUUAACUACUAUUUUGCAUUUAGAUCCCUUUGUGUAUUUUCAUAUAUGAAUCGGACUUUUGCAACCAAAAGAGAUUAUGGAUUUAUUGAAAACAGACUUUAAAUUACUACUAGCACUUACAGCUUAUUAAUUGUACUGUUUAACAAUCACACAUGUAUUUUCAUUACGCAAUCAGACACAUACAUGCCUGCUAAUAAUGUUUACUGACUCAACAUAGUGUUAAUGUCUCAUAAUCAAUACAACGCAUAAAACACUGUACUUUAACCUACAGUAAUGUUACUGAGUUCAGCUUCUAAUCGUUGUUAAUGUAUGGUCACUUUUACUGUAAUAGAACAUGUUUUUUUCUAUCCAAUCAUAUCCAUACUGUGAGAUAUUCAUGUUUGAUUAUGUACCUGCUGAGUUUG